AUGUCACCGUCUGACGAGAAUCGGCCCAAUCGAGAAAUUGUCCCCACAGGAACAAACUGGUCAGGACAGACGAAUGCGAAUGAAUCAUACCGAGCUGGCUUGUCUCAGAAGCUCCGUCGACCUAUAGAAGAUGAGGCAUUGCCAUCCUCGGAACAACUGAAUCUAUUUGCCAAAUUGUAUUUUCAUCGGUUUCAUCCUUUAUUACCAGUCAUCCAUGCUCCCUCGUUCCGGCCAACGGCGGGAAACUCUCUAUUAUUCUUGUCGAUUUGCUCCAUUGGCAGCUUAUUCGUCGGGUCUUCCCGCGCAGUGGCUCAAGGCUCACGAAUAUUUGAGCGACUGAACAAAGCCAUUCUGGCAUCGUGGGAAUCUUUCCUGUCAGAAAGCCGACCAGAUGCCCUGUCCAUGGUACAAGCUGCUAUUUUGGGGCAAACCUAUGCUAUUCUAGCUGGAAAGCCCAAGUAUCUCGUUCUGGCAGAUGUAUUGCACGGGACAGUUGCCUCAUGGGCCCGUGAAGCAAAUCGACUAGGUGCUCUUUGCAGCCAGUCACAAGAUAUGCUGAACACAGGAGAUAUUGAAAGAAGCUGGCAUAGGUGGAUUGAUAGCGAGCAACGUGCUCGAGUACAAGCCGCACUAAAUAUCCACGACGCCGAGCUUGCUGCUUUAUAUCACCACGAGCCAAUUCGCAGUCAUCGAUUCCAUCAGUUUCCCCGUCUAGCAUCCGAUGAAUUGUUCUCAGCAGCUACGUCGUCUCAAUGGGCCGUACUUAUCCGCCAAUCUCUUCAAACCCAGAGUGAAAAUCGACCCCAAGCUCAAAUCUCUCGGUCGCCAGAUCCAUUCCCAGUCACAGACCACGAUUCUAGGUUCACCGCAUAUGGAGUCCUUGAAGGAAUCAGCGCUCGCCUCAUAGAUGCCAAACAAUCUCAAGAAUUUAACCAGCUAGUCUGCCAAAAUACCUCCAACCUCCUGAUCCAGUGGUGGCAGACAUACCAUACAACGGACCAAGAUCCAUUCUGUCUACCCGUAUUAUGGCAUUCCAUUUUCAUAUCGCUGUACGCAGACAUGGACCUCCUGGAACAAGCAGUCGGCCGCGACGGCCGAGCCCCAGUCCUGGAAGCAUCAGCACCGGCACGCGAAUGGGCCUCUUCUCUGAAUGCAAGCCGCUGUCUCGUGCACGCAUCACUGAUUGCCCGGUCUCUCGAGCGCAUGAGUAUAUCCGCCGAGCCAGCAAUACAUGUACCCCGUGCGCUAUUUUCGGCGGCAUUGAUAUACUUGUGUGUUGCACAGUACGCGCCCAAACAUGUCGUGAACACGGAGGCAUUUGCAUCGCCGGAACUCAAGUUGCUGGGUGAGGGGGUUGCGGAGGUUGCAUGCUUUCCUGAGAAUGCUCAAAGUAGUGAGCUUUCUGUGGUUACAGAUUUGGAUCAGUUGUAUGGCAUGAUUGACUUGCUACAGCGGGGUGGGCGUUGGGGGAUUUCUCAGGCUUUUGCCAAUGUGCUUUCUACGGUGUUGGAUGAGGGUAAGGGUGCUUAUGGAUAA